AUGGCAUAUUGGCGUGGACAUCCAAGCGUCCUCAUCGAUCCGCCUGGCAAAACAGCGACAACUGAGACGGAUGCGACUACCUUGUCUACUGAAGUAACUGGAGAUCUACCUCACAAGAUUGAUAUGGUCGGGAUCAGCGCUACCGGGUUUAGUCCUGAGCUUGUCAUGUCUUUUGAGGAUGGGAAAGUCACCACCGAGCCGCUGGCCGGAACUAGGGCUAAUGUGGGCAUGGAGAAGGAGCAGGUGCGACUACGGAACGAUCUUCUUAACGACCCCAAGGAAGUCAUCGAGCGCAUGUCAUCUCAGUCCAGGGAGAAAUGCGGGAAAUGA